AAUUCCUGGUUUUGCUUUCACUUGACAAUUCAAUUUCGGUUUCUCUUUGAAGCUCUGAGAUCUUUCUAAUUUCUGUCUGAGUUUUGAUCCAUUGGUAAUGGCGAGAACCAGCAAUAGGAACAAUAAGAACAUACAAGCCAAGCUGGUGGGUAAUUCUAGGGGACAUGGGAGCUGGGAAAACAAGUUUAGUUUUGCGAUUUGUCAAAGGCCAAUUCUUUGAUUACCAGGAAUCAACAAUUGGAGCAGCCUUCUUCACACAGGUUUUGACAUUGAAUGAAGCCACCAUAAAGUUUGAUAUAUGGGACACUGCAGGACAGGAACGAUACCACAGCUUGGCUCCUAUGUACUACCGUGGAGCAGCUGCAGCUGUUGUUGUUUAUGACAUCACAAGCAUGGAUUCAUUUCAGCGAGCCAAAAAAUGGGUUCAAGAAGUGCAGAGACAAGGAAAUGCAAAUUUGAUAAUGUUCUUGGUGGCUAACAAGGUUGACUUGGAAGAGAAGCGAAAAGUGGGAUCUGAGGAAGGUGAACAAUAUGCCAAAGAAAAUGGCUUGACUUUUCUUGAAACAUCUGCAAAAACUGCACACAAUGUCAAUGAACUUUUUUACGAAAUAGCAAAGAGAGUGGAAAAAACUCGCCCUUCGCGUCCAACUGGAAUGAAAUUGCACAACAGGCCACAAGAAAGCAGAAGAAGAAUAUUUUGUUGCACCUGAUAUGAUACACGAGUUCUGCCAAUUUACAUGUAUGUAAUUUUAUUGAUGUUUCCAUGUCUUGUGAUCUAUCAAUCUCCUUCUGAACAAAUUUGGUAAAGAUUUGUACCUUGCAGAACAUCUUCAGAAAAAAAAAAAAAAAUUCAUUUCUGUGUUUGAAAGCUUCUUACUAAUUGCAGGUUCAAAAAGUUGAAGAGUAAGUAAGCUGCUGUUGUGACCAAAUCCAGUUCCAUGAAUAUCUUAUCUGCUGUAUCUAGAAUGUAACUUGUCAAUGCAAAAGCUCUAUAAUCACUUUCAAAAGGUUUACAUGUUAGUUAUGUGCAAGACGUUAUUAUAGAACUGAGAAAUGAACAAAAAGUACAGGGCAAGUGAUUUCAUUUUCUUUAAGGAAAAAUACUACAUAACACUUAUCAUUGGAUGGGAUGGGUCCUCUUCAUCCAAUGACUCCUGUUUUGCAAUCUGGUCACCAAAUUGUGAAACAAGGGACUCGUUUUUAGAAAAAUAUUUACAUCUGGUUACACAAUGCUUGCUUACCCUUUUUUUAUGCUUACAAUGCUUACCUUUUACAUCUUAAUUGUAGCCUAUAAUAAACACAAUGAGUUUCC